CGCCCCUAAGUUCUUUUCUCUACGAACUGGCCUCUCUUUUUCUAAGAUCCUGCCUCAUCUUUCUACCGAACCUGAACUUACCAACGAUCUCAAAAAUACAAACAGCGAGGCUAGGGAAGUUAGAGCUACUAUGGACACCAAAGACAUUUCCGAUUCUGAAGAAUAUUUCGCCUUCAUUAAACAGAGCAAAGAAAAUGCAGAGCGAGCACAGCGUCGCAAGGGCGAAAAGCCUCGAGAUCAUCCCCCACCCGGCCUUCUCAUUUCACAAUUCAUAAUGAAGCUUUAUCAUUCCGCUAGCACGAGUGACAUGAUGAACCACAGGUUCUAUAUGUCGCAAGUACCACCAUAUUACCCCCCAUGUACCCGUUCCGUCCAGAGUCUCAAGCCUCUGAUGAUAUCAGGAAUGAUGCUCGAGAAUCAUCAUCUGGGGAGCUAUGCUUUGGUCCGCGUCUUGACGCCACCUGAUCGAAUGACUGCCGUCAUGGCUAUUGUUGAAGAUGAGGAGGGUACCGCGGUAUUGCUUCAGCUCUACAAUCAGCCCGAAGAAUCCAAGAUCGCCAAAGACCAUAUUCUGAAGGCUCAAGAUAUAUGCAUCAUUAAGGAACCUUUCUUCAAAGUGACCAACAGUGGCUCAUAUAGUUUGCGAGUCGAUCAUGUCAGCGACAUUAUCUGGCUUGAGGAUACGGACAAUCGUAUUCCUCUGGAGUGGAGAAAACGAUUUAUAAGUCUUGACGAGAGCUCUGAGGACAUACGUAGGGAGGGAAACGAGGCAGUUCAGAAGAAGGACUGGGUCAAGGCGGAGCGCCUGUAUACAGAUGCGAUACGCGCCGCCGUGACUGCUAAGGAGGAGAAGCUGGCUCACCUUAACCGUUCUCUCACCAACCUUUACCUCGACCGGCCAGAGAAAGCGCUCAGCGACGCACAAAAGGGCAAUAUGGACGAUGAUUCUCUAAUGGAAAAAGCUUUAUUCCGAGAGGCUAAGGCUCUCUACGCACUGGGGAAGUUUAGCUCUUGCUUGGAGAGUCUUAUGCUUCUCGUGCGCUCUAACCCCAAGAACUCAGAUGCAUGGGGAGAGAUUAAGCGAGUUAAGCAACGUCUCCGUGAGGAGGAAAAAGGAUCGUAUCAAUUCGGCAACAUGUACAAACAGGCUGAAGAUACUCCGCCCUUGAUCGACUGCGCAACAUACGUUGGGUCAGUAGCCGUCCGUGAUUCACCUGGUCGAGGCAAGGUUCUGUUCACCACGAAGGCAGUCAAGGCAGGAGAGCUUUUGUUAUGCGAGAAAGCUUUUGCGUACAGCUAUGCUGGCGAUGAUAGCAAAUCAAACACGACCGUUUUAGUGAAUUGGCAUACCAACACCAUGUCUAUGGGUGGCCAAUUGAACCUCAUCACCCAGAUUGUUCAGAAACUAUACCAUAACCAUGAUGGGGCGAAGGUAUUCACCGAGUUGCAUCACGGUGACUAUACUCCUGUUACAAUAUCUGAGGUUGACGGAGCUCCCGUGGUUGAUACAUUCCUCGUUAUAAGAAUCAUUCAGCUAAACUCUUUCGGAUCCCCACGCACCAGUUACAAGUCAAUCAUGUCGUCCAUGGUCAAGCAAAAUGGAGAGCGAAAGGACAAGUCCACCGAGUAUACUACAUGUGGCAUAUGGCCCAUUGCAUCACGCAUCAACCAUUCCUGUAUCACCAACUGUUAUCGCGCCUUCAUCGGCGACAUGCAAAUCGUGCGGGCCACCCAGGACUUAGAGGCGGGUACCGAGUUGCGCUUCAUGUACCGCGGCCCCGGGCUAAACGAGACCUAUGAAGAAGCCCAGAAGAAGCUCAAAAACAACUGGGGGUUUGUCUGCGACUGUGCGCUGUGCCUUUACAAGAAGGCCACGCCUCGAAGUAUUAUUAAGAAACGCAAGGCUUUAUUCCUCCCCCUGAAAUCCUUGUUGAAGCAGGGGUCUUCGCCGGCACAGCUAAGACGAGCGAUGAAGAUAAUGGAAGACUUGGAGAAGACGUACACAACUAGGCAGGGUUUGCCGCCGGUGGUGCGUUACGAGUUGUCGGGGCCUUACUUUGGGACAGGCGCAACUCUAAUCUCAAGAUGUAAAUUUACAGAUGGCGUAGAGAUGAUUCUGAAAGGGCUAGAGGCGCUUGGAUACGUCGUUGUGGCCUGCCCGCCAAGGGAUAUGGGAGCCGGGAAAAAGGCAAUAAUGGAGAUAAAGCGCUGGGGAGAAGCCGACGAAGCCACCGUCUGGGCACUCUCGUGUAUGAUGCAGGCGUAUGGGUUUCUUGCUCCUGAGCUCUGCAGUAUCGUCAAGGAGUAUGCUCAUAUCAUUUAUAGCAUAUGCUGUGGCGAGAGCGAGACCAUUGGUAAUAUCUUUCCGGGUCUUGCGUAGGUACAAGGUCGCCAUAGCAAGGAGCACAGGGGAGAAGAUUCCUCAAUGGCCAUUUGAUAAUUCAGAAGGCAAGUGAGCUCACGAUAUAACGCGGGGUCUCACGAUCAAGACAUAUUUCAUGGGUACCUUUUAAUUUAAAAUAAUAGUUCAUAU